AUGGAUAAUACGAUGACAGAUAAUGUGUUUUAUUUAAAAAACGAUGAAUUUUAUGGUUUUAUUCAUACAUUAGUUGGACAACAAAUAGUGGACAUUUUAAAGUUUCAAUCAAUAACAUCUACACAAUCUUUAAUUCGAUAUCCAAAUAUUUUUGAUAUAUUUAAUAUGAAAUGUUCAGAGCCUGAUUUCUUGUCGAUUAGAAAAACGUCAUGUUUGGAGCUUGAAGAUGGUCAAUUUAUCGUAAAAGUCGGAUUAAUUAAUAAUUUAAAUUAUUUACUUGAUUUUUUAAAGCAACAACAAAACAAAAUUAGUGAAGAUAGUUAUAUGGAUGUAGAUUCAAACUUAACAUUCGAUUUUAUCAACAAACAUCCAUUGUUAAAAAACUUGGUUCUUUGGUAUCAACGAAUUGAAAGUGAAGGUGUUACUAAUACAGACAAAAAUGGUUUUUUAAUAGAUUUUAUUAAUACUGUUACUAAUAACUUGACAAAAUCAAGCAAUCAUUUUCGAUACAGUGACAAAAUCAAGGACUUCGCUUUAUCGUUAUAUAUUUUAGGUGGAAAAUUAACGUAUGAAUUUAUUCGAUUAAAUAUACCCGGCUCUUUACCAAGUUUAACAAUGUUGACUACAUUAAUUUCAAAUUCAAAUUUAAAAAUUAGUGAAGCAGAAUUUCGAUUCGAUCAGCUUCAAAAACAUUUUGGGAAUCUGAAUCUUCAAUAUGCAUUUGGUUCUGAGGAUGCCACUGGUGUUAUUAAAAAAAUAAAAUAUGAUUCAAUAACAAAUAAAUUUAUUGGAUUUCCUACGCCACUUGAUCAUGGGGUACCAAUUAAAGAAUAUUAUCACACUGAUUCAUUGGAUACAUUGAAGUUAUGGUUCAAUUCAAUUGAUAAAUCAUCAUUAUUAAAUGUACAUAUGAUUCAACCAGUACAAUCAACAACUCAAAACACAAUUCCAAGUCCUUUUUUACUAUCAGCAUAUGGUAUUGAUAAUACGGCUACAGCGAAUGAUAUAUUACAAAGAUGGUGGUAUAUAUUCAAUCAGUGUUUACAAAGAAAUAUAAGAAUUAUUGGUUUUGCUACUGAUGCUGAUGCUAAAUAUCAAGCUUUUACAGUAAAAUUAAAAUCACGUUGGCCUGGGUUUUUUUUACGCGAACAACAACUAUUAUUAUUUUUUCAAGAUGCGACACAUCUAGCUACGAAAUGGCGUAAUCGUUUAUUAUCGUCUACAGCUGAAUUACGUCUUGGUGACCAAUCAAUAUCGACCAAUCAUUUAUAUAGCAUUAUUGAUAAUGGAAAAUUUACUAAAAUUGAUCAUGGCUUGACGAAAUCUGAUGUUAAUCCUAAAGAUCGUCAAAAUUUUAGUUCCUGUGUAAAAUUAACAUCUGAUGAUCUAUUUAAAAUUUUAAAAGACAAUGUUGAUACUCAGGGAACCUUGAUUUAUCUACAGAUGUUAAAAAUGAUUAUAAUGGCUUAUAUUGAUAAAAAAACAACGAUUGUUGCGCGUCAACCAGCGUAUUUGUCCGUGGAAAUAAAUGCACAUAAUUUAUUAUAUUUAAUUUUACUUGUUCAACAAAAACAACUACCACCACAAUCAUUACAUAUUCAUACUUUUAGCUCGCAAGCCUGUGAAUCAAUUUUUCGAAACACGCGCGCAUUAAGUGGAGUCUAUUCAACUAUAGUCAACUUCACUGUACAUGAUUUUUUACGACGUGCUCAAAGAUUGUCACUACUUAAUGAUAUUAAAUUCAAGCAUUUAAAUGAUAGAUCAGUUAAUAAUUUAGUAUUUCCAGUUCAUUACAAACAUCGACAUGAUCAUCAAUCAUUAGCUACACAAAGUCAAAGAGAGGUCGAUCUAAUAGAUGUCGAACAAAUCAUUACCGAGGCUUAUCAUGAAGCAAUUGAUAUGCUUAAUGGCUUAGAAAUAUUGAAUUUACUGAACGAUAAAAAUGUUCUUGGCUUAAAACCCUUAAGUGAAUAUGUAUUUAAACAGUUAAAUUCAAAUUCAAAGAUGUACGACUACUCAUCUCAACUCAGCCAGAUGGAUGAUGGAGAAUUUGAAAUCGCUGAUGAUGAUGAUGAUGAUGAUGAUGAUGAUGAUGAUAAUGAUGACGAUAAUAGAACAGCAGCUGAUCUUAACAUUAAUGAUGGUUUUUCCUCAAAUGAUGACUACGAUGAUGAAGAUGAACAAGAUGAUACUCGAAAUUUAAUAAAUACAACAAGAGAAGAAUUUUCUGGAAUGAAAGUUUUUAAUAUGGUGCAGCCACAUAUAGAACAUUCUUAUUUUAAAGCUACAAUCAAUGAUGAUAUAAAAUAUAUACAUAAACAGACUGCUUGUUGGUUAUUAACUGGUGAAAAAAGUAAAAUGUCAAACGAUCGAUUGCUUCGAGUACAACAGAUUAAUAAAAAAAGUUGA